AUGCCUUCUAUCUCAGGUCAUUCACUCCUCGUCAUCGGCGGCUCCUCAGGAAUAGGGUUUGGGGUCGCACAACUUGCCUUACAACAGGGUCUCAGCGUGGCGAUUGCUUCAUCGAAUAAAUCUCGUGUCGAUAAUGCUGUCAAAAGAUUGAAAGAUGCUUCCCAACCCGAACCGAUCAAGGUUGCGGGAUACACGGUUGACUUGAGCAAUUCAGACGUGGAAUCCCAGUUGGAAAGGCUUCUUAUCGAUGCGAAAAAAGGAUUUUAUGACCAGCCGCUCGAUCACAUAGUAUUUACCGCCGGCGACUCACUUCAGCAUCGCGAAACAAGCGAUAUCGACUUGGAAUUUAUCCAGCGAAGCGGGAUGGUACGAUUCGUGGCACCAUUACUUCUCGGGAAACUUACCUCUCGGUUUCUCAAGAACCACUGGACCUCUUCCAUAACCUUGACGGGGGGCAAAGUCGCUGAUAGACCGAUGCCGCAAUAUACAGUGCUCACAUCAUACGCGGCUGGAGUUGAGGGUAUGACGCGGAAUCUCGCACUUGAUCUGAAACCUAUCCGGGUCAACCUUGUCAGCCCUGGAGCAGUAAAGACGGAAAUUUGGGGACCUGCUCCCGCCUCAAUAGAGGACACUCUUAGUAAAAAGAUUGCUUUGGGGAAGGUAGGGAGUGUGGAAGAGGCAGCAGAAGCAUAUAUUUAUCUGAUGAAGGACACGAAUUCAACAGGAAGCAUCAUUCCUACAAAUGGAGGAGAGCUUUUGCUAUAG